GGCGCGCGCUGGGCGGCUUCCGGCUCAGGUGCGGGAGGCGCGGGCCUCGGGGUCCCGGCUACGGCGGACGCGGGUUCGCCGACACUUCAGAACCGGACCAUGGAAGGCCAACCCCUGGUGGUGUCCAAGCAGAAGACGGAAGUGGUCUGCGGGGUCUCCACGCAGGUGGUCUGCACCGCCUUUAGCAGCCACAUCCUGGUGGUGGUGACUCAGUUCGGGAAGAUGGGGACAUUGGUCUCCCUGGAGCCCAGCAACGGGGCCAGCGACAUCAGCAAGCCACUGCUCACCACCAAAGUCCUCCUCGGGCCAGACGAGCCCCUCAUCCACGUCUUCGCCAAGAACCUGGUUGCAUUUGUGUCUCAAGAAGCAGGGAACAAAGCAGUCCUCCUGGCCAUGGCCGUGAAAGACAAGAGCAUGGAGGGGCUGAAGGCCUUGAAGGAGGUGAUCCGGGAGUGCCAGGUGUGGUGAGCAGAGUGGAGCCAGGCAGGGGAGCUCACUCUCCUCCACAGGUCAUGGAGACCCCAGCUGUGGGUGCUGGCACCGUAUGGAGCAGGAGCUUUGUGUGGCAGCCUUUUGCCCUUGGAUCCAGAAGAAACAGUACUGCCUGGGCAGGCGCUGGCUGCCCGGUGACCAUGGCGAUGGGUGGCGGCCACGCCUGGGGCAUUGGACAUGGAGUGGUGGCUCUCGUGGCUACAUGUGUUCCAUGGAAAGCUCAAGGCCGUUCAUGACUCACAACCCUGUGUGCAGUAGCACUUGGGAUAUAUAUAUAUUUUUUUUUUUUUAAUAGAAAAUAAAUAUGGAUUUC